AUGCAGAAAGGGGAGCAGAAUCCAGCGCCCUAUGUCCAGCCACGCCACCUCAGAGACAGCGGAAUGCGGAAAUCUCCUGACAUGAGUCCGCGUCGUUUGUCCGAUAUCAGCCCUCAACUUCGACAGUUAAAAUCUCUCGUCCUCGACGAAGACAUAAAAGAGGAGCUGAAGUCCUCUAAAUCAGUAGAGGACAUAAAUAACGCUACGAUAGAGGAGCGGAUCCUUAGGAUUACAGGCUACUAUGGAUACCAGCCUUGGGGUACAGCCUCCAGAGCAGAGGAUCGUUCCAGAGAGAAAGCCGACGUGAAGGCCGACGGUCACGUGGGCGGGGCCGCGGGCGUGUCCAGGGCGGAGCCUGCAAGCAGACGGCAGAGCCUGCGUUGUUGCGUGCAGGUGACCUGUGUGCACCUUCGUCAUGCGCUGUGGGGAUUCGCCAUGCUGAUAUGCGUGUGCUCGUCUUGGUCAGGCUCCACCCAGCUGGCCAAACUGACGGUCAGGCGCUUAAACAUACCUUUUGCCAUCACCUGGUUCUCCACAUCCUGGAACUGCCUCAUCUUCCCUCUGUACUACCUGGGUCAUCUGUGCUGCAGCAGGGAGAGACACACACCCAGGCAACGCUUCAGGGAGUGCUGUCGGUUCCUGGGAGAUGACAAGCUAUCUGUGAAGGUUCUGUUAUCCAGGGUGGCUCCGUUUGGUCUGCUGUGGACUCUUACACACUACCUGUACCUGCAGGGCAUCCGCAGGAUCCCGCCCACCGACGCCAGCGCCCUCUUCUGCUGCAGCCGAGCGUUUGUCUUCCUGCUGUCUUGGAUCGUGCUCAGAGAGCGCUUCCUGGGAGUGCGGAUUGUGGCAGCUAUUUUAGCCAUAGCUGGAAUAGUGAUGAUGACAUAUGCAGAUGGUUUCCAUAGUUACUCAGUGAUUGGCAUCUCCUUGGUAGUUGGGUCUGCUUCAACAGCAGCUGUGUACAAGGUUCUGUUCAGGUUGAUCUUGGGCAGUGCCAAACUGGGUGAAGCAGCAUUGUAUCUGACUGCCCUCGGAAGUGCCAACAUGCUCUUCGUCAGCAUUGUGCCGUUCAUACUCUUCCUCACUGGUGCAGAGGACUUUGGUUCACCUGGUGAUAUACCGUGGCCUUGUUUAUGCGGCAUAGCUGGUCUUUUAAUAGUGUUUAAUUUCCUGCUGAAUUUUGGCAUUCUGAUAACCCUUCCGACUUUGAUUUCGCUGGGAGUAGUCCUUAGCGUACCAGUAAAUGCUGUCAUAGACCGCUGCAGUGGUGAGAUCCAGUUCAACAGUGUCCGUGUGAUCGCAGUCUCCAUCAUCUGCCUGGGCUUUUUAUUAAUGUUGCUCCCUGAAGACUGGGACCAGUGCUUACUGCAACUCCGUUCCUUGUUGUGCCGAAAGAAACAACCAGCAGAGGGCGCCAAAGAGAUGCAUACAGAAACACUGCACAUAAAAACUAUGGAGACUAGGAACUGCAACUCCAAGUCGACUCCUUGUCACUGA